AUGUCGCACUGGGCGAUAGCAGCGCUCCAGACGCUGACGAGUUUGCUUGCAAUCAUUGGAAAAGUAGUCGCGACGACGAAUCAUAUCGCCUCGAUCGAUGAAGACAUUCAGCUGAGUGAAGUUUAUGGAGGUUCCUAUGGUGAUGCAUUCUCUGAUAUGCCUUUCAUUAAACUUGGCCAAACUCUGAAUGCAAUUACACUCCGUGGUGGCGAACGACUUAUCUCCAUUACGACACAAGUAGCGACACCGGCUCAUGCAACGUGGAAUCACGGUGGUUCGGAUGGGGUAGAGGCUGUUCUCCUCCUAGAUACUAACGAGUAUGUCGACAAGAUGGAAAUUCAUUGGGCCAAACGAAAAAAACAUUUCCGUGUCUUCUUCGUCAACAUUAGUUCAAGUGCGGGAAACCAUGUCUGGGCUGGAACAAAAACGUCAAAGAGCACUACGGUGACUGCUCCUAAAGGGUUUCAGCUUAGUGGAUUCUUUGGCCGCUCGGCAGGUGAGGUCGAUCAACUCGGUGUUAUCUGGACGAGAAGAUCAGCCAAGACAGCACACCUUACAGAUAGAAUGGGUACUGAAUGGUAUGGCAAGAGAAUUCGUAACUGGGUGGGGCCCACCCUUGGCUCUUCCACUGACUCGGCAUGCUACCGGCAGACAAAGUCUUUUGGCAGCAAUCGCAUUUGUCCGGCAGGCUACAAUGGGAAUGAUGAGGCCUGCAUUGCUCAAUGUCCGUUAGCGUAUCCCGUUUCGUGCUAUCUGGAGUGCAUUCCCCAGAAUGAUGACUGUGGCCUUGAAAUUGUGCAGAAGGUUUCGGCUUUGCUUUCCGCUGUUAUCAAUGUGGCGACGGCCGGCAUCUUUGGCGCUGUCAUUUCGAUAUACAAAGAUGUGAAGCGAGAAUUCUUGUGCGCGGCAAAUAUUGUUGGCGUGAUCAAAUCUCUUCUCUUCUUCCUUAGGUUUCAACAGACGACAGCGCCCCAAGGAAAUGUUGAAGAACUACUUGCUGUCGCGCUCCAAGCUGAUGUUCUAGUCGUCGACUUACCUGUCGCAGUAAGCCAUUGCCUUGGCCUCCCUGUGUCAUCAGACUUUAUAUUUUCUGGUAUUGUGAUGAUGGUCGUGGAAGCUAUUGCCAGGGUAGCCAUUACUGAAGGAGAUCAAGUGUUGGAGUACGGAUCCAAUAUUUAUCGCCUUAUACACAAUGUUACCGCGGUCAACACCACCCACACGAGCGUGGACGAACUACAGGAUUUCUUGGAUUCCGGCUCGACUUGCGGGUACCAGCUCAAGCGGCUCACGGAUCAUAUCAUCCUCUCGGUCAAUAAAGUUCGUGAUGAGAAUCCUAAAGCCACGACCAGCGAUGUUCGAGUUAACAUCAGCAGGUCUUCACUAGUUCUCAAUGAUAUUCCAACAGCAACCAACAAUUGUAUGAACGAGAUGCUCGCCUACAAAACUCCAGUUGCCGCGUUUAAAACUCGCGACUUGCUGCGUAAGACGUUCGGCGUAAUUGUGGAUCAGCUAGUCCAGUCGGCCACAACUGACAUGGGAGCUUUCGUAGCGGAGAGUGAGUUUGGGCUUGAGACCCUAAAUUUGGCUCUCGCGUCAUUGUCUGGGCUAGAUCCGACACGAUUUGUCUGGCUGGCAUCCCAAUUCGUUCAGCCGGUUUGUGGACCUACUGCUUUCAUCGGUGAGAUCGACGAUGGAUUGCUGCACGACGCGCUGGGCUUAAAAACUAUUGACGAAGCGUUUGUUGGAAGUUAUGGUGUGUGGUACAAAAAGGGUGACGGCGUUGUGAUGCUUACUUUCACCAGCAUCGAUACAAAGGACGUGGAGGUAGUAAUUCGCUCAGGUGGCAGCCCCAUUGCGAACGUUCUAGUGGCUGCAGGCACGACGGUGAUUUGGAAUUCUACUGUUACGAAGCUGCACGAGAAACCGUUGUAUUUAGACCGGUGGCGACCAAAUUUUGUUGGCAUUCCGGCGUUGGGCGGUGGAUCAUUAAAGUUGUGGGUUCCAAGUUCAUCUGAGGGAGGCCGUUUAAUGAUGCAUGUGCGAAUAAAUGUUAGUUAG